UUUUUUAUGUAAGUUUCUUCUGUCGACAAUGGUGUGCUGGAGGAGGAGGUGAAAGAAAAGAAAACCCAACUGAAGCUUGAAAGAUCUAGUUGGGUUUUUCGGGUUUUAGAGAGAAGAGGAAAGGGCAUUGACUUAGUUGUACCAUGAACAGAACUCACUCUAAGCUCUUCAAGAUCGUCGUCUUCCUCUUCGCUCUCAACUCUUUUUCACUUUUCAUCUACUUCUCCUCCCCUUACCACCACUAUCACCGUCACAAUAACCACCACCAACCAACUUCAUUGACGGAUCAUCUCCCUUCCCUCUUAGAUAGCCACCGCCAUUUCCUAACAGAUAACCGCCGUUCCCAGAUAGAUAAUAUCAAUACUAAUAAUAAUUACCUCAAGCCAUGGCCGAUUCUACCUUCUUACCUCCCUUGGACUCAGAAUCCUAACGUUUCUUUCCGCUCCUGUGAGGCUUACUUCGGAAAUGGUUUCACCCGACGCCUCGACGUCCUCCCUGCAAAUCCGGCUAGAUCUUCCGGUUGGUUCCGUUGUUUCUUCAGUGAGACGCUUCGGAGCUCCAUAUGCGAGGGUGGAAGUGUGCGGAUGGUGCCUGAGAGGAUACAGAUGUCAAAAGGAGGAGAGACGAUAGAGCAGGUGAUUGGGAGGACGGAAGAUGAGGAGUUACCUGAGUUUGAAAACGGUGCGUUUGAGGUUCUCGGAGUGAAAGGCAAAGGUAAAAAUCUUGUUGAUAGAAAAUUCUUGGAUGCGUAUGUUUCUGAAGGGCAGAUUACGAGGCACACGAUGCGUGAACUGAUAGGUUCGAUUCGUGUCGUUGAUAAUAAGGAGUUUCUGUGCGAUCAGUGGAUUGAGGAGCCAACACUUCUGCUCACGAGAUUUGAAUAUGCUAAUCUUUUUCACACUGUCACGGAUUGGUUCAGUGCAUAUGUGUCUUCUCGAGUCACUGAAUUGCCUUAUCGACCUCAUCUGGUUUUUGUGGAUGGCCACUGUAGAGCACCUUUGGAAGAAACCUGGAAAGCAUUGUUUUCAGGUGUUAGAUAUGCUAAAAACUUCACUGGCUCUGUUUGUUUUCGUCACUUUGUUCUUGCUCCUUUGGGAUAUGAGACUGUGCUGUUUAAGGGACUAAAUGAAAAAAUAGAUUGUGAGGGAGCGUCUGCACAUGAUCUUUGGCAAAACCCUGACAACGGCAAAACAGCCCGAUUAUCUGAGUUUGGAGAAAUGAUUAGAACAGCCUUUGGCUUCUCUGUCAACAGACAUAGUUCUGAAAAGCCUAUUUCAGGUCAUAAUGUUCUAUUUGUCAGACGUGAAGAUUAUUUAGCCCAUCCACGUCAUGGUGGUAAAGUUGAAUCAAGACUGAGCAAUGAACAGGAAAUUUUUGACUCAUUACAGAGCUGGGCAUCAAAUCAUCAAGAGUGCAAAGUGAAUCUUGUCAAUGGGUUGUUUGCCCAUAUGCCUAUGAAGGAGCAAGUGCGAGCCAUUCAAGAAGCUUCAGUUAUUAUAGGUGCUCAUGGUGCGGGACUGACUCAUAUAGUUUCUGCAACACCAAAAACAGUGAUUUUAGAGAUCAUUAGCAGCCAGUUUAGGCGUCCUCAUUUUCAAUUGAUUGCCCAGUGGAAGGGAUUGGAAUACCAUGCUAUCAAUCUUGAUGGAUCAUACGCCCGUCCGGAUGUUGUUAUUGACAGGCUUAAAAGAAUAAUGAAAAGCCUUGAUUGUUGAAAAUUUUCUGCUUUUGUUUGAAAUUGAUAGAUUAUCUGGUGGCUGGGAUGUGCAAGUGACGAGAAAUACUCUCUGCUUGUCUAUCUUUGAGUGUCUGCUCGUUAUUCUUCCAUCAUUUUGUCUCUUCUCUGAUUUACUUUCUCAGGCUACUGAUUUCUCCACAGUAUUUUUCAUGGUGGUGGCAUGAAUCUGAUGCAACACGAUCAAACGCCCUAUGCAGAGCAAGAUAAUGAUGUUCAAUCCUGAUUUUUAAUGAAGAUAACCAUUUUUCAACCAUUCUGACUGCAAGAAGAGGAUGCCUUGUGUUCAUUGGAUGCAGUAUGUGUUAUUAUCUCGACACCGAUCAUUUUUAUGCUUUAGAAUUAGAAUUAUUAAUGAUCUCUAGGGAAAGCGCAAUGACAGGUUUUAUCUUGAAUUUUCUAGGAGAGUAGCUUGUAAUCGCCUGUGAUUGUCUUACUUGUAGAAUACAUCAGUAACUGAGUCACAUGUUCAAUUUUAAAAUGAAAUACUUUUGUA